GGUAGUGGGGGUUGGUGUAAGGUAAAUUAGAGGAAAGAGAUAAAACACAAUUAUAUUGGGUCCCACUAGUUAAGAGAAAUUAAUUAAAUAUUGUAAAAGAUUUCCAAAUAAGGAAAUGAAAUAAGUAUUUAAAAACAGCCGGAAAAAAAAAAUAAAGUAAGUAUUUAAAAAUGGAGGGAGUAUGACGGCAAUGCUCUAUACUAGUAUAUUAGUAUAAACAAAUGAUCCAAUCAUCCAACAACCAGCCUAAUCUUAGCCAAAUUUCCCAACAAAAAAUUAGAAUUUUUUUUUAUUUAAACAAACACUUUUUUGAUUACCAAACACGUCACAAAAAAAAUCUAAAUAACACAAUCAUUAUUACUGUAAUACAAAUAAUAAUAAUAAUAAAAUAAUUAAUUAACCCCUCACACGCUUAAUUAGCACGUGCAAAUCACUCUCCCCUUCCUUUUAUCAAAACCCCCUCCCAUUUUUUUCUUUUCGUGCCAACUUCUAAAAUUCGCCCGAGUCAUUCCCUUAACUCGCGGGUCAAACACCGAGUUUCAGUCUCUUCAACUCGUUCCUUUCCCUUCUUUUCUAAGAAAUACCGUAAUCAGUUUUUUUUUUAAUUUAUAUUUUUUUAAAUUUCUCUUUCUUCGAGGUUGAUAAUGGAGGUUCCGACGACGUUCGGUGGCGAAGAUGCGGCGGAGAUGGUGACAGAGCUCCGGCGGAAUUUCGUGAGCGGUAAAACUCGGAGUUACGAAUGGAGAGUUACUCAGUUGAAGAGUAUUGUCAAAUUUGUUGAAGAACGUGAGACUGAGAUUGUUGACGCUCUUCGUUCUGACAUUAAUAAACCUGAAUUUGAAUCCGUUUUAUUUGAGAUUUCAAUGCUGAAGUCUUCAUGUAAAGUGGCUCUAAAGAAAUUAAAGCAGUGGAUGAAGCCAGAAAAGGUGAAAACUACAUUACUCGCAUUUCCUUCAUCAGCAGAAGUAGUAGCAGAACCAUUAGGCGUUGUGUUGAUUAUCUCUGCAUGGAAUUAUCCGAUUUUGUUAUCACUUGAUCCUGUUAUUGGAGCCAUAGCAGCUGGUAAUGCAGUUGUCUUAAAGCCUUCUGAAAUUUCUCCUGCUACAGCUUCAUUGCUAGCAAAGUAUGUGGGACAAUAUCUGGAUAGUUCUGCAGUCAGAGUUGUAGAAGGAGCCAUUCCUGAAACUUCUGCUCUUCUGGAACAAAAAUGGGAUAAAAUUUUUUAUACAGGCAAUGCAAAAGUGGCACGCGUAGUGAUGACAGCUGCUGCCAAGUACCUUACCCCUGUUGUCUUGGAACUUGGAGGAAAAUCUCCAGCAGUAGUUGAUCCCGAUGUUAAUCUGAAAAUUGCUGUUAGAAGAAUUAUUGCAGGCAAGUGGGGGAACAACAAUGGGCAGGCAUGCAUAUCUCCUGAUUAUAUUGUCACUACAAGAGAUUUUGCUCCCAAACUGGUAGAUACUCUAAAACGUGAAUUGGAGAGAUUCUAUGGUUCAGACCCACUACAAUCUCCUGAUUUGUCUCGAAUUGUGAAUUCCAACCAUUUUGAUCGUUUAGCAAGGCUUCUAGAUGAGGAUAAAGUUGCUGGUAAAAUUGUUUACGGUGGUCAAAGAGACAAAGCUCAUCUAAAAAUUGCUCCCACAUUAUUGCUGGAUGUCCCUCAAGACUCUCUAAUCAUGAAUGAGGAGAUAUUUGGUCCAUUGCUUCCCAUUAUCAUGGUUGAUAAGCUGGAAGAAUGCUAUGAAAUAAUAAUGUCACGAACAAAGCCCCUUGCUGCAUACUUAUUCACCAACAGGAACAAUCUGAAGGAUCAGUUUGUGAGGACUGUCUCUGCAGGUGGUUUGGUCAUUAAUGACUCGGCCAUACAUCUUGCAGUUCAUGGUUUACCAUUUGGUGGAGUGGAUGAGAGCGGAAUGGGUUCAUACCAUGGAAAAUUUUCUUUUGACGCCUUCAGCCACAAAAAGGCCGUUCUUUACAGAAGCUUUCUGGGUGAUGCUCCUGCUCGAUACCCUCCUUACACCCGUGGGAAUAUGAGACUAUUGAGAGCUUUGAUGGCUGGAAGUAUCUUGGACAUAGUUCAAGCUUUGAUGGGAUGGUUAUCUUCUGCCCGUAAAGAAAAGUCUGCAUAGUACCUGCUUAAGUAAAUUAGAGAUGUGCAUUAUUCAUUUGUGUACUUGACACUAUCCAAUUUAUGAUUUCUGAAUGCGAUAAUUAUUUGGUUUUCGUAGAUAAAUAAAUGAUGGGUUUAUCUUCUUAUAAUCUUAUGUAAGCGUAUAUGACUGAGUUCUGGUUAUUUUGCUGUUGGUUGCUUAAUUCAACAGAAGCAGAAAAAUUGCCACCAUUACUUCAGUCUAAUCUAUCUGCAGUUUUGUCAAAUCUGUCUUUAGUAUUCUAAUCUAAGUUGGGUUAAUUUUCUG